UAUGGACGACGCUCCUGUAAAUUACAUAAGGGAAUCUACAAGAGAGAUUUUAAAAUUAAACCGACGAUCUCAUAGAAAUGAAAGUAUCACCAGAAAAUAUUUUGUCGAUUGUACAAAAUUUAAAAUCAAAGUCCCAUGUAACUGUUGAGAAUCUUCUUAUACUUAAAAAUGCUUUAAUCGAUGAUGAGAAGAAUAUAGAAGUUCUAUUAAAAUGUUAUGGAGCUCUGCGUGGGUUAGUAAGGGAAUUAACAGGUAAUAUUGUCACAAAGCAAUGUGCUGCAGCUGGGUGCUGCUGUAACCUGGCGCUAGGUGACUCCAGAGCCUGCUUGGCUAUAGCAAAAGCGGCAGGGCCAUACCUCACUGUCCUACUAGAUAAUCCUGUUACUGAGUUAGCGAUGACAUGUGCAUGGACAUUAGGCAACUUGGCUGGAUCUGGGUCUAAAGUAUGUGACAUACUUGUUGCCCAAGGGGCAGUCACUAAACUCUGCAAUAUGCUGCAGAUAUAUAAUGAAAACCUACAAGAUGCAGCCGUAUAUGCCUUGUUACACUUUGCUUAUCAGAUGGAGGAUGAUUUUAGGCCAGAAUACCUACAAAAAGUUUUAAUUGCUCUGUCAAAGUUGGAAGUCAAUGCAACCACAAGUCGACUGUCAUUUACACUCUCCUGUCAUGUUGAUUUCAAAGACAACAUGCCAGAGGAAUUAAUAGACAAAAUGCUGGCAACACUGAAACUAACUGUCAAAAUUCAUUCUGAAAAAUGUGUACAAAGUCAGUGUAAUUGUGAAUUAUUGUAUGCUAUAAGAACAUUAGCAAAUAUGGAUGUUGAAGUGUAUGAUAUAAUAUUAAAUUAUCUCAUACAAAAUAAUCUAGGGCAAGUUCUUUUAGAAGUACUGAACAAAGACAGUGGUGCAGUCAAUGAGUCAUUAUUAUGGUUGUUAGGAAAUUUGUACAACUAUAGUCCUAGUAAUUACUUCUUUGUCCAUUUAUCUAUUCUAUAA